AUGCCCUCUACUUCCUCGCCUCCCCCUCCUCCCCUCUCCACCGCCCCCCCGCCUCCCUCACCAUCCACUCUGCUUGCAUUGAAGCCGCCCUCGCACCCCUCGCGUCCUUCACUCGCCUCGCCGCUCUCGCCUUCCACUCCUGCACCAUCGAUCCAUGCGAGUUGCACGCCCUCUCUCGCUCGCUCCAUACGCUCACCCAGCUCAACAUCCACGACUGUCCCUUGGUCUCCAGUUAUGCUCUCUCAGCACUGGUUGAAACCCAACCCGGCUCUUUCCUCCCUCUCCCUCCACUCCACCACCUACUUUCUCUUCAUCUCCCAAGACCCCCGGAACUUGUUCCUCUCGUCCUCUUCCCACCUCCACACCCUCAAUCUAUCCGGGUUGCCAUUUUUCAUCUCGGGCAUGCUUGCACGCUGCAGCAGUCUGAAGCUUCUCACGCUGAAAGGAAGGGGGGAGGCAAGGGAGAGUGUAUUUCCCAAUGAGGCGCUGCAGCAGCCUUCUUUGGAGAGCCUUGUGGCCCUGCUGGUGCACGUGGAAGCGAGGGGAGGCGGCAGCGGAAUGAUCACGCGGGCUCGGAACACACGUGGGGAGUUUGCACUUUCGACCAUCCGGCAUGUGGUUAUUGAGGUGCCUGCGGCCAUAUCGCUGUGCAUCUGCGUGCGCCUGUCAGUGGAUGAGGUGAAUGCCAGGAUUGCACGCGAGGAGGCGUUGUUAGAGGCCUGUGAUUCUGCCGAGACUGCAGGGCAGUUCACUGCAGCGCUGGAUGAAGAACGGGAGGAGAAGCACCGGGAGAAUGAUCGGGAGGGGGGCAGCGAGGAGGGAGGAGGAGGAGGGAGGGGGGUGGAAGAGCUGGUGGGGUUUAUACCUGAGAAUGAUAUGUCGGCUGAUCUGGCAAAGCUGAGUGAGACGCUGCUGGGGGAGCAGACGGGUAUAUGGCCGGCGAUUGUGGCGGUGUCGCGAGGAGAGGCGCGGGCGCUGUUGCAUGCGCUCACACAGCAGCUGGUGGCGCACAUGGAGGCUAUCGCUGCCGGGGUCCCUCCUGGUGCUCCUCCAUUACUGAAUGGGGCAACAGCAGCACCUGCGGCAGGAGCAGUGGCACCCGGGCUGGCCACAGCAGUAGGGGCUGGGGCAGCGGCAGAAGGAGCUAGGACAGCAGCUGGGGUAGCUACAACAGGAGCAGGUUCGUUGGGAGAGGACGCGAGUGUAGUAGGAAGGGCUGCGAACGACGAGCAGCUGUGA